AAUAAUUUUUUAAUUAAAAUUAAUUUCUAAAUUUUUUUCAGACAAAAAAAUGGUUUAUCUUACUUGUAUUUUAGGUUAUGCUAAAAAGAAAUCUAUUCCUAUGAGAAAUUAUCUUAUGAGUGGAUUCUUUGAUAAACUUCGAUUUCACAUAAGAGCUGGUACAGGAGGUUCUGGAUUAAGUAAAUAUGGUGGUAGAGGUGGUAGAGGAGGAAAUAUAUAUGUGAAAUCUAAAGACAAUGUUUCAUUAAAGGAUUUAUCCAAAUAUGUAAGAAAUAAUACAAUAGUUGCUGGUACUGGUUAUGACAGUUCCAAACAUGGAUUAUUGGGUGCAGCUGGAGAAGAUAUAAUAAUCAAUGUACCUGCAGGAGUUAUAGUCUACCAUGAAGAUGGUAACUUGAUAGGUGAAGUAAAUGAAUGUGAUAAAAAAUUGUUAGUAGCAUUAGGAGGAAUUGGAGGUUGUGAAGAAACAAAUUAUACAGGUCAAAAAGGAGAAUCUCAUAGUAUAAUUUUAGACUUAAAAUUAAUAUCUGACAUUAUAUUAGUUGGUUUUCCUAAUGCAGGAAAAAGUUCAUUGAUACGUUGUGUAUCAAAUGCAAAACCUAAAAUAGCUGCAUAUGCAUUUACAACUGUAAGACCUCAUCUUGGAAAAAUCAUGUAUGAUGACUUUCGGGAAAUUACAAUAGCAGAUUUACCAGGACUUAUUGAAGGAGCUCAUAAAAAUGUUGGAAUGGGACAGAAUGUUUUAAAACAUUUAGAAAGAUCAAAUAUGUUACUGUUUGUCAUUGACAUUCAAGGAUUUAUAUUAAAUUCAAAUCAUAAAUGGAGGAAUUGUUUAGAAACUAUUUUAUUAUUAAAUAAGGAAAUAGAACUUUAUAAGCCAGAAUUAUUAGAUAAACCUGCUAUGCUUAUAUUAAACAAAAUGGAUACAGAAAAUGCUGAGAAAAUUUGUAACGAUGUUUUACCAAAAUUGAAAAAUUUAGAAAAUUUAAAAAUUGAUUUUCCAGAAAGUAUGUUUCCUAAAAAAUGUUUAAAUUUUCAAAAUAUUCUACCAAUGUCUUUAAUUAACAAAGAUAAACAUGAAAUUGCUGUUCUCAAAAAACUUAUAAGAGAAAAUUUAGAUAAAAUAGCAGAGUUAGCAAAACUGGAAGAAAAUGAAGCAAUGAAGGAGGAGUUAACAAAAAAACUAAAAAAAGAACUUAAGAUAACUACUUCAUUUCUUUAAAUAAGAUA